AUAUUUUACUCUAAAUUCAAUAAAUUGUAUUUAUCAAAACAAGCAUUUCGUCAGAGUUUUAGUGUACUUCAAGAAAUUAAAUGCAACGGUAAUGAUGUAUUCAAAUGGAAAACUGGUUUGUGUAUGUGUAAAGUCGACCAAAGCAGGCAUUAAUGCUAUGAGACGUGUGUACAGAAGAUGCCUAAAUCUGGAUUAUAAAGUUAAUCUCGAUGAAAUACAGGUGACAAAUAUUGUGGCCACUUAUAAUACAGCUAUUGUCUCGUUUGAACCGGAAUUAUUCCCAAAUGCAAUACUCGAUAUGGGAGAUAAGAAGAAAAUUAAUAUGUCAAAAAAUGGCAAAGUUGUGUUUACAGGCAUUAAAACUGAAUUAGAAUUAAACCUAUUGUAUAAAGAU